AUGGUGCGCUCUGACUUCACCGGAGUUGGUGUUGGAUUAGGGCUCGGUGUUGGCUGUGGAUUUGGCCUUGGUUGGGUUUUUGGAGGAAUGCCUUUGAAUGUACUAGGCGUUGGUGUUGGUGGUGGUUGCGGUAUGGGUUUAGGCCUCGGUUGGGGUUUCGGGACUGCCUUUGGUAGUCACUACCGAUCAUCUAGACUUACAUUUCAAGGCAUCCAGUUAGGCAAGGCAGAUAACAUGUCCCAAAACACUUAGCAAGUCUUGUCUACCUUCAGUUAUUCGAAUUAUUAAGUCCCAAAUCCCUGAGCUCGGAUUUGACUCUGAAAUCCAAAACCACUUAGAAUUAUCGAAUAAAAAUCCAUAUUUGUAUAACAAAACAUCCACUUACACAAUGUGUCACUCUACGAUGUGUUUACUCGAAUUACUACUGUGUACAGUUGAAAAGUAGUUUUUGCAAAAUCCGUCUCAUUUGAAAAAUCCCGUAGACUUUGCAUUUUAAACUGUAUAAUCACAAAAUGCAACAAA